UUUUUCUUCAAAUCCUUUUCCAAAUCCAUAAAAGACAUUCUUGUUUAUUUUUAAGUCAUUCUGAGCAUUUCCUCAUUGUAUUUAAGUUAGGGCUGGCUGCAACUAGGAAAAUAAAUUUUUUGCGGACUCCACAAGUUUUUGCGGACUUCCCUUGCGGACAACCCAUAUCUGGCAGUUGCGGACAGCCUUGAGUUGUGAGUGCGAUACUCAAGGAAAUGGUCGAAAUUUUCUUAUGGAUUUGUAGUAAGUAUAUGGGGGAGUAGAGAGCGAGAUUUUCAAAAAAACCUUGACCUUGAUUCUUAACCUUGAUUUUAAGUAAGGACCUUGACCAGACCUUGGGUCAAGAAAAAAUCAAGGAACGCUGAAAAAUGCCUUGAUCUUGACUCUGGAUCCAGGAAAAAUCAAGGUCUGGAUCCAGAUCCAGCCCGCUCUCUAUUGGGGAGUUACGGACAUUCCUGAUUUUCUUUGUUAACUUUUAUCUUCAUAAAUUUUUUUUCCAGGGUUCUGUGUUAUUUAAAUGUCAGAAGAAGUAGACUCACACAUUGUGGAGAAUUACGAUAUUCAAAAACGAUUGGGGAAAGGUGCUUAUGGAAUUGUUUGGAAAGCUGUUGACAGAAGAACAAAUGAGGCCAUAGCUUUAAAAAAGAUUUUUGAUGCUUUUCGGAAUGCUACAGAUGCGCAGAGAACUUUUAGAGAAAUUAUGUUUUUACAAGAAUUUGGAAGGCAUCCAAACGUUAUUAAAUUGUAUAAUAUUUUGAAGGCUGAUAAUGACAAAGACAUUUAUCUUGUAUUUGAAUAUAUGGAGGCUGAUUUACACAAUGUAAUUAAGAAGAUGACUAUUCUUAAGGAUAUACACAAACAAUAUAUAAUGUGUCAACUCUUUAGAGCCAUCAAAUUUUUGCACAGCGGCAAUGUUCUUCAUAGAGACUUGAAACCAUCAAAUGUAUUAUUAGAUGCUGAAUGCAGAGUAAAGUUGGCAGAUUUUGGUCUGGCACGCUCUUUUAGCCAAAUGGAUGACUCCCUAGAUGGGUCCAAUGUACCCGAAUUAACGGAAUACGUAGCAACUAGAUGGUAUAGAUCGCCUGAAAUUCUGCUUGCUGCCAAGCACUAUACAAAAGGUGUUGAUAUGUGGAGCCUUGGAUGUAUAUUGGCAGAAAUGUUGUUGGGGAAAGCACUUUUCCCUGGUAGUUCUACUAUUAAUCAAAUUGAACGUAUUAUGAAUACAAUUCAAAGGCCUUCUAAAAAUGAUAUUGAAAGUAUUGGCUCUGCUUAUGCCUCCUCAGUUUUAGAAAAAAUGCCACAAUGGCCAAAGAAGCCACUUCUCAUCUUUGCCCCACACAAAAGGUUAAACGUUGAGCAAUGUUUAGAACAUCCAUAUGUCUCUCAAUUUCAUAAUAAAGCAGAAGAACCGUCGCUAGAUUAUGAAGUUAGGCUUCCUCUUCCUGAUCAUAUUCAACUUUCUGUCCACGAAUAUAGAGAUAAACUUUAUGAAAUAAUUUCUACCAAAAAAGUAAAUAUACAACGUAUUAAUUAUCCCAAUAUAAACGAUAAAAACACGGCAUGUAAUGGUUGGGUAGAUAAACAACAUCAUCAAAACGGGGAAACAAAAGAACAACAAAAUAGAAGACAGUCAACAACAACAAAAGAACAACAACAACAACAAGUAAAACAACAACAAAUGCAACAACAAAUGAGAAACAUAAAAACAACAAGCGGGUAA